CCCGGUGAGCGGUGAGCCGGACACUAGCAGGUGUGAGCGGAGACGGGAUGGAUGCGCAGCGGGAGGACCACCAGGGCGAGGCUCCCUGGAGGAAGAUGUCGGGAGAGGAGCUGGAGAAGCAGUACACCCCCAGCAGAUGGACUGUCCUCCGCGGAGCAGAGGAAGCCCUGAGGACCUACUCACAGAUAGGAAGCGAGGUCCGCAGGCCGACGCUCUACCCACUGAGCCACACGGAAUCGCGUUACGUCGUCGCCGUAGGAACGGAGGCCCAGAGCCCGCCUCCUCCUGCCACACGGCUCAGAGGGGACGGGGGCAGCGGUGGCCGAGCUCCCCGGGGUCACUCUUGGUCUCUCUGCAGUAAAGACGAGUCGGCCUACGUGGCAGCCCCCCUGACCGGGCGGGGAGCGGCGGUGGUGGUAGUGGGUUACACCUUGGCCCCCAAAGGGACCCUGGACCAGAUGGUGGACCAGGUGGCCCGGAGCAUCGCCUUCCUGCAGAAGCGGUUUCCGUGCAAUGAGGGGAUUUACCUGUGCGGACACUCGGCCGGGGCCCAGCUGGCCGCCAUGAUGCUCCUGGCGAACUGGACGGAGCGGGGAGUCACGCCCAACCUCAAAGGUUUCUCCUGCUUCCUGCUGAGUGGGGUCUACGACCUGGAGCCCAUCGUGCACACCUCUGUGAACGCCCCUCUGCGCCUGACCCCGGAGGGUGCUCGGAGGAACAGCCCACAGUGGCACCUGGAGGCGGCCUCCGCGAAGCCCAGGGGUCCAGCCUGCCCCGUGCUGGUGAUCGUGGGCCAACACGACAGCCCCGAGUUCCACAGGCAGUCCAGGGAGUUUUACCAGACCCUGUGCCGAGCGGGGUGGCGAGCCUCCUACGAAGACCUCCAGGACGUGGAUCACUUUGAGAUGGUCUGGAAGCUGAACCAGCAGGACUACGCGCUCAUCCAGAUUAUUUUGAAAACAAUCUUCCAAGAGUCCUGAUGGGCCCCAAGCCCCAGCCGGCAUGCACCCGACCUGCGAGUCUUCUGCAAAGGGCCGGACCGCUCCCCCCAACCAGCCUCUGCUUCCUGGGGGCCCUGUAGCCUCCAUAUGUCCACCUGCCCUGGCAAGAGCCCAGUCUUCCCCCUGCUCUGAGCAGGAUCCCCGUCUCCAUGGCCGCGCCCUGGUCGGAAUCAAGCCGCUGAAGGGACAGGCCAGCCCAGGGCAACGCUGCGUGAUGUCCAGAGCGCCUCGCCAAGUCUGAGCCCACCGCCUGCUGAGAAAGGAGACAGAAACGACAGCUCGACCUUUCAUGCCCGGACACACACCUUUCGAAAAGAAU